ACUGGAGCAUCGAGCAGGCGGCGGCGUUGGGUGGCCGAGCAGGUUAGAGGAGGGAAGUGGAAGCACCAGGAAGGGCACUUGGCUAUCAUGGCCCAGGGACUUGCCUCCCCAGUUGGACUCUUUUCCGAUGAAGAAGCUGCUGUGUCCCCUGUCCUGGAAUCCACCGUGGCAGAAUGUGGACUUGGUCUGCGGCGAGCUCUUUUGCCAGACUUCUCUGCCAUCGCUGCAGGCCAAGAGCAGGCUGUUUCCAGUGACAGUGGAAAGGUGAAGGUGUAUGCAAGAGUGCGCCCGCUGAAGCCCACAGAGAUUGAGAAGCAAGAGGAUCAAGGCUGCAUCUGCAUAGAGAAUGCUGAUACCCUUCUUCUAAAAGCACCCAAAGAUUCCUUCACAAUGAGAAACACUGAACGAGGAAUUGGCCAGGCAGUGCACAAAUUCACCUUCACCCAGAUCUUUGGACCAGAGAUAGGCCAGAAAUCAUUCUUUGAUGCGACAAUGAAGGAAGUGGUGAAGGAUGUACUCAGUGGGCAGAACUGGCUUGUUUACACCUAUGGCGUCACUAAUUCAGGGAAGACUUAUACAAUCCAGGGAAGUGGUACCGACAGAGGGAUCCUGCCCCGCUCCCUAGCCAUCAUAUUCAACAGUAUUGGGGCGCGGUUGUACCGAGCCACAGACCUGAAACCUUUCCUAUCAAGCAUAGUGAACUGGCUGGACAGCAAACAGAUUCGUCAAGAGGAAAACAAGAAGCAGGCUCUGAUCUCUGGUGGGAUGAAGGAGGAGGAGCUCUUUACUUCUCUGAGCAAAGGUCACAGCACAGCAUCCCAGCCGCAAGCACCCACAAGUGGUAGCAUUGACAGUGGCAUUGGUGGUCUCUCUUCCAUUUGCCAGUCGACAAACCAGACACACUGGAGCCAUCUGGAAGAGACAGGACCUCACAAGGCCGACCCAGAUAGUGUUUCAUUUGUGACUCAAGAGGACGUGCGAUUUUCUAUUUGGGUCUCCUUCUUUGAGAUCUACAAUGAGCUGAUUUAUGACUUGCUGGAGACUCCUGCACCUGCCUCAAACCGCAAGAGGCCAACUCUGCGGCUCUGUGAGGAUCAGACUGGAAAUCCAUAUGUUAAAGACCUGAACUGGGUCAAUGUGCAAAAUGCUGAAGAGGCCUGGAAACUACUGAAAUUAGGCCAGAGAAAUCAAAGUUUUGCCAGCACCCACAUGAAUGAGAAUUCUAGCCGCAGCCACAGCAUCUUCUCCAUCCGAAUUCUACACCUUCAAGAAAGCAGCAGUAAAAUGGUCCCAAAGAUCAGCGAGCUCUCACUCUGUGACCUUGCUGGCUCAGAACGCUGCAAAGAACAGAGAGCUGGGGACCGUAUGAAAGAGGCCAAUAACAUCAAUACAUCUUUGCACACUCUGGGGCGAUGUCUCACAAUCUUGCGCCAGAAUCAGCAGACCAAGUCAAAGCAGAAUGUGGUGCCCUUCCGGGAUAGCAAAUUAACCCGUGUGUUCCAAGGUUUUUUCACAGGACGUGGGCAGUCCUGUAUGAUUGUCAACAUCAACCCAUGUGCUUCAUCCUAUGAUGAGACCCUCCAUGUGGUUAAGUUCUCUGCCAUUGCCAGCCAGCUUAUCCAGGUUCCUACAAAGGUGGGGCUCCUGUCUAUCCAUUCACUCAUCAAGGAACACAGCAUUCGAACUAAUAAGGCCCCUGUGGCUGUUUUGGAUGACGUAACAGAACUUGAUGAAGACAGUGAAGAUGAAACAGAUGUGACUGCAUAUGAUAAGGAGGAUCUUGUGCGUGUAGUUGAGGCUGUGCAAGAACUGCUGCUGAAGGAGCGCCAGGAGAAGUUUCAGCUGGAAAUGCGUCUCCGUGAUGAGAUCUGCAAUGAGAUGAUGGAGCACUUACAGCAGAGAGAACAGUGGAGCAGUGAUCAUGUGGAUUCUCAAAAGGAGAUGUUGGAGGAGCUGUAUGAAGACAAACUGAAUAAUCUGAAAGUGUCGCUGACAGAUUACUAUCUGGAGGAGAUUGAGAAUCGGGAUGACAAGAUAACAGAGUUGGAAGCUGCCUUGCAGGAGGCAAAGCAACAGCAAGACUCCAAAGGAGGCAAGAGGCAAGAGACGGAGGAAACUUUACGCAGAUCCAAACGAAUUGCAUCUACACAGCAGGAAUUGCUGGAGGUGAAGGAUAUGCUAGCGAAGUGCCAGGCAGAGCUGAGUGCAUCUACUCAAGAGCUGCGUAAGUAUCGAAAAAUGCUGGAGCCGCCACCUUCUGCAAGGCCCAUUGCUGCUGAUUUAGACCGGAAGCUAGAAGAAGGCCAAAAGAAUGUGAGGCUGCUGCGUUCAGAGCUGCUGAAUCUUGGGGAGCUGUUCCAAUCAGCUGAAAGAGCGUGCUGUCACAGCACAAGUGCUGGGAAACUCCGUGAAGCCCUCAAUAAGUGUGACAAUAUCCUGGCCAAGCAGGACCAGACCUUGGCUGAACUUCAGAAUAACAUGAUACUAGUGAAGCUGGACAUGCGGAAGAAGGUUGCCUUUAUUGCAGAGCAGUAUCAAACUCUGCAGAAGCUCCAGGCUGCAGAAAACAUGGCGGCAGCGGCGCCAACUUCUAUUAAAAAGCGCUUCUGUGCAAAUAAUGAAAAUUUGCAGCCCAGGAGUCAGCCUCCAACCAAGAAGCCAUUCUUGCACAACUUCCUCACUCGCUCAACAGCCCAGCCUGCGGUGACAGAGAGCCCUUACACUCACAUCUUGCAUGCCCGAGGAUCUCCAGCAUUCAAACCGCCGCCCUUUACCAAAAAACACUGAGUGCUUUGGACCUGGGGCCUUGGAAGGGCAGGGCAGCCAAUUGGUGCCUUUACUGUCAGCGAGCUGGAUCCAGAUGCAGGAAAGCUUUAAUUUUGGUUGGUUGUGACCAAGCUCAGGUCCAGCAGUUUAAAUGGAUCUGCCUCAACUCCAACGACCUUUAGAGCCAACAUAAUGUAUAUAAAUUAUUCUAUAUUUAGCAUGAUGAGGUCUGAGCUUACUGAAAAUCUUUGGCUUCCCAAAGAUGAUUACUAUGCAUGUAUUUUCCUUCAGGCCAGCUGCUAUUCCAAUGGUUAUGAAACCUGGAUUUAUGUUAUGUCCAUUUUAUUUUUAUUAAAAAAUGUUACACAGCAUGCAGAACCACAUAUAUUUUAGCUAUGUUAAACACAUAAUAAAUGUAUUAUGUAUAACAGUUCUGAAAUGUUAUAGAUUCUAUAGAAUUGAGGUGUUUAAAAAUGUUUGCCAAGUAGUGUUUCUUCUAGAGAAAUUGGGGGAGUCUUGUAAAAUAUAUUUACAAUGUAUUCCCUCUUUCUAUCCAAGUGCCCCCCCCGCUAAAAUCCUAAUUCAAAGUACAGGGGGACAACAAUUGAAAGAAACACUUUGCCUCCUUUCCUAAAAUCUGGAAUAGUGGAGCCUGAGUGCACCUCCCAUGGAUUUAGCUUCCUUGGGAGUAACACAGAGGUCUUUUCCUGUACUUGGCAAAUGGUCCUCAGAAAGUGAGGGCAUUUUUAAGAAACCCUCUCCUGCCAACAUUAACAUCUAGAUAGUCAGAGCAGGAUAGGCAGUGUUGUCCGCUGCUGUGGGUUCAUAGCAGGAUGCUUUUGCUCAGUUUUGGUGCAGGCAGUUUCAAGUUUUGCAAUACCUAGUGUGACAAUAUGCCAUACAGCUCACAAAUUGUGCCAACCAGAAAUGCAGGUGGGCAAGUUAGCUCCAUGCAGCUAUUCAGGCCCUGAGCAGACAAGCUACUUCUCAGGGGACUAACCUAUGUUUUGAAAGUCUUUUUUUGUGGUAGCCAUUGUCCUGUACCUGUCAAUGGACUUGAGCUUUUGCUAAAUCACUCUUAGUCUGAUUCAUAAGUUUACCAUCUCAUGUUCAAUAACUAUAUGUUUUGAGCUGAAAAUGGAAGCUUAGCAAAAAAUAGCCAUUUUUUUCAGAAUGAGAUAUAUUCAGAUAUUACUGAUGCCCAAACGCUCUAAUACUUGGGGAAAAACAUUUAAAAAAUUCAAACUCAGUAAAUCCAUAGGUAAGACUCUAACGAUUACAAAGAUAUAAAGGUUAUUUUUCAAAUUGAUUUUUCUUCAUUAAAUACUAACAAAGUAGAUUGGAGGCACUGUUUUCCAAGGUACACUAGAUCAGGGGUUUAGGCUUCUUCAGGCCAUUAAAAAAAAAACCAACCCCGGACCCCCUGAUCAAGAGACAAAGCUCUAGACAACUGGAAGUGUUCACAUGAACUUUUUCCCCCCCAUAGCCUCUCAUGGAGCCCCAUCAAGGGGUUCUGCAGAACAGUCUGAAAACCCUGCUCUAGAUAAUGUAUCUGGUUACGGUAAAAUAAAAUAACCAUGGCAC